GCCCACGGUAAUCCGGAGAAUCUUCGCUCCCGUGGCUCGCGGGCCGCGGCGCCGCUGAGCCAACCGAAGCAUUUCGCCUCGCGGCCACAUUCCGCCGGACUCCACCACCCGCUGGCACCCCCACCGAUCCAGGCAUCAGCCACCGCCGCCGCCGCCAUGUCCGGCUGCCCCUGCUCCACCUCCGCCUCCGCCUCCUCUCCACUCUCCCUCCUGCCCCCUUCCAGCUCCGUCCCCGCCGCUUCCAGGCGCAGCACCGUCGCCUUCUCCUCCUCGCGCGGCCCACGGAGAGGCGCGCGCGCGAUAGUCGCGGCGAGCAGCGGCAGCAAGGACGAGAAGGCCGAGGCGGGGGAGGAGGAGGAGGGGGAGCCGGCGUUCAACCCGUUCGGGUUCGUCACGGACAACCCGUCCAGCCGCAGCGCCAUCCAGCUGCCCGCGUCGCCCGCCCAGGACGGCAAUGUCGGCCAGAUGCUCUACAGGACGGAGGACAAAGGGAGGGAGUACGGCAAGAGCGUGAGAUCAGGGGAGUUUCGAUGGUUCGUGAGGCAAACAGGUUCUCCUGAUUCACGGCGUGGGACUAUUAUGUUUCUUCACGGUGCUCCAACUCAGUCAUUUAGUUAUCGCACGGUUAUGGCUCAGAUGGCAGAUGCUGGCUACCAUUGCUUUGCUCCUGACUGGAUAGGAUUUGGGUUCAGUGAGAUGCCACAGCCUGGAUAUGGAUUCGAUUUCAAAGAAGAGGAGUUCCACAAGGCAUUUGAUGAACUUCUUGUUACUCUAAAUAUCACUGAACCAUUCUUCUUAGUUGUCCAGGGAUUUCUUGUGGGUUCUUAUGGUCUGACAUGGGCAUUGAAGAACUCGAACAAACUUCUUAAGGUAGCAAUCCUUAACAGCCCACUUACUGUUUCUUCUCCAGUGCCUGGAGUCUUUAAGCAGCUCAGGUUUCCACUUGUGGGCGAAUUUACCUGCCAAAAUGCUAUCCUGGCUGAGAGAUUCAUUGAAGCAGGUAGCCCGUAUGUGCUGAAGUCAGAGAAGGCCGACGUAUACAGAUUGCCGUAUCUAUCAAGUGGAGCACCUGGAUUUGCAUUACUUGAAGCUGCCAGGAAGGCCAAUUUUCAAGAUGUAUUAAGCAGAAUUUCGGCUGGAUUUUCAUCCGACAGCUGGGACAAACCAAUAUUGCUGGCAUGGGGGGAGUCGGACAAGUACCUACCGCUCUCGAUAGCCGAGGAGUUCAAGAAAAACAAUCCAUCAGUGGUGAAACUGAAACCCAUCGAAGGAGCUGGUCACAUGCCGCAAGAGGACUGGCCAGAGAAGGUGGUGACGGCCCUGAAUUCCUUCCUGUAUUAGUCUAUCGGAACUACUAUGCGGACGACUUGGUGUGGACGAACUAUGGACGAUGGAGGAUCGAAAGGUCAUACCCAGUUGUCCACUACGCAUGGAUGGCAUGAUCUGCUGCAUCGUGCAGAAAUCGUCCAGAUCCUAUCGUGUGUGUAGCAGCGUUGUUAGUCUAUUAUUGAAGGAGGUCAUCAUACAAGGUUAAAGCUGUGGUUGAUCAGUUGGUAUAUAUAUGAAACUGUACAGUUCAGAUGCACAUUGUGUAGAUGAAGGGCGGUUGAGGACAACUUGCGUGUAUAUACAAGAGUUGAUUACACGCACAUGGUACAUUUACUCGCACUGUAAAUGAAAGGGUUGAAGAUCAUGCGAGUAAAUGUAUGUAUGCGACGGA